AUGUCCACUUUCCAUCCAUUCUCCCCAUGGAUGUCACACAACGACGGCUCAGGGUCUUCUAGGCCCCCCUCUGGCGAUAAAAUGUCAAGCAGCUGGGCCGCCCCCUCCGCCGAAGAUCGUCUGGCUAGAUCAACGUCCCCGGUGACAUCUCGGUUCCUGGCCCGACACAACUCGGAGCAUCUGACUACUUUGCCGUUGAACCAUACUUCCUGGGAUCAGCCCUUGAGCCGCUCGCUCGACAAUGCACAGAAUGAGAUCUUGCCGCCUAAAUUUUCCAGCCCCCUGAUCCUUCCCGGACUAGAUGUCGGACCAUGGAGCCCCCCUAUCCAGCCGCAUUGGAGGACCGAAAUAACCCCUAGACCUCCGUUCAACCAUCAUCUGGAGGAGAAGCUGGCUAUCGCAGACGCCCAGAUACGGCAACUGACCUUGGACAACAAGCGGUUACGGGAAUACAUUAUCCACAACCCUGCCCCUCCUCCGAUCGCCUCUCCUGCCAUCUUGACACCCGCAUCCGAGAUCAAAAGCUUCUUUUCGUCCUCCACCAACUAUGACCGGGAUGCUCGAAGUAGAUCGAAAGACACUCUUGAUGGAAAGGCCGAAUUAUCGUCGGACGAUGCAAGUCCCAGUGGAGAGAUUAGUGACGAUCAACACCAGGCUCCGCCCUACACUGCCCCACCCGUCGUUGUCCAUAGCGUCCUUCAGGGCACCUUCAACUUUGCCGCCAUGCCUCCUCAGCUGAUUCGAGCCAUCGUAUGGACCUUGGCAUACUGCCAGCCCAAGAACAAUCACGAGAGUGCCGGCUUGAAGACAGCGGUGAAGGCUUUGACUACUCGAUUUGGUGUCACAGAUACCUCUGAUCCUUCGUCUAUUCUUACGCGAGCAAUCAUCGAAUGGGCCAAACCUCUGUGCUACACCUCUUGUGGAAAUUACCUUUGCCAGCAGCUUCUCGAGAGGGGAAAUCUGUCCGACAAGAAAGCUUUCCUGGAUAAGAUUUGGCAUGACAUUGUACCAAUCGCAAGCAACAAGUUUGGUACUCAUGUCCUCUGCAAAGCUAUCAAUCUCAAAGAGCUAGAGGAACCUGUUGCCGAAGCCCUAUUCAAACACGGAGCUUUUGAAUCGAUGCAGACUGGGACUAGAAGACUCUGGAGGGAGUACCUCGAGAAAUGUCGCCAAGCAAAAAAGUUGGACGUCUUUGACAAAAUCAACUUGGAGAUGGCUGGCCGCUGGGCUCAGCUGGCCUGUGUCAACGAGAUCGUUGAAAAUAUAUCGAUGGUGUCCAAUAACCAAUACGGCCACUUUGUCGUCACAAAGCUAGUCAGCUUCCCGAGCUUUUACAAACAGACGUGCGAAGCAAUCAUCAAUUCCUAUCCUCCUGUUGCAACAACCCACCAUGGAGUCAACCUUGCCAAAAUCGCUUUGACUGAAGGAGGUCGGGCGAGCUUCGCCAGAUAUGUAGAAGCAAUAUGCAAGCAGGACGAAGGACGUACUCCAGGGAUUGUCACCAUUGCCACGUCUUCUAUCGGGAAAGCCCAUCUGACAUUUGUCUUGUCAUGUCUUACACCCUCCGAGCAUAUCCGUAUACGAACCACUUGUCGGGCUUACUGCAUCACUCUCCGCAAUUGCCAAAGCGGCAACGAUCUUCUCCGAGCACUUGGCAUCAUGCACUCUAGUUCGACCAAGCAUAGAGCCAGCAACGGCCUCUAG